GAGACGAAGACAAGCAAGUGUGGCUUGGGAGGAGCAUGAAAGUUGAAAGCGGGCUCAUUGUGAAUCGAAAGUUGGGCUUGCAGACGUGGUCCCUGCUGCACCGUCACGAAGCGCUUUCUCUCGUAGGGAACGUCUGACGCAUCCUAACUUUUACGUCCAGUGAAAUGCUGCAUUCAGAGAGGUUGUCGUCUCUGACACAUCAAAACAAACGUAGAUAAUUGCAGUCUACAGAAUUGGUGUAAGUGCAAGGGUUAGGCUUGACGGAGGCGGCAUCAGGACAGCGCUUGAGCUGCUGUGUUGAGCAAAUGCAACACUGACAGGUAGAGUUAGCGGUUGCUGGACAGCUCAAGGAAUCUUGAUAUGUCAAGGAUGAUGCAGGCGCAAGCACAUCGCGGUGAUCGCAACGAGGAUGAUCUGAAUGAGCUGAUGCCAAUGCACUACAGGAAGCUGGCUCAACCGGAAGAUGCUGACGGAGAGACGAUGGGACUGAAUGAGUAUCUAAAAUCAGGGAAGGGCAACCAAAGCUUUUGCGGCAUUGACUGGGGAACCGCUGCAAGGGGACCCAUGCAAAGUGACGCUUCCAGGGUUGCGCAGCAUGCAAACCCACAGAUAGCCACUGCUCUUCCUAGGGGCCCCACUCAGAUGACGGCAAUCUUGGAGCAGAGGGCUGGGGAGCCACCCGAGCAGGAAAACGUCCCCCCCAACUCAGACGCCCUUACGCUCUACCUAUCCAAGCCUCGGCCCCAUGCAAAGCUCAGGGGCUUACGAAAAGAGGGGUCCGGCAGGGUUCCCCAAAUGAAGAGGACGUUUGGCCUCGAUUUGAGGCAGCUUUCUCGGCAGCAGGAAGGCAGUGACAGCGAGGCAGAAUGGGAGGCGGGGAACGAGGCGCUCGCCAGGAAGAAGGCGGAGAGAUCUGCUCAGAGAAAGCGGGAUGCGGAGAACCGGCGGCGCAGGCAGUCAGCAGGGGGCCCACGGGUGUCGAGGGGGGAGGGAGCGGAAGACAUGGAGCUAGACUCAGAUGAUGACAGCAUGGAUCUGGACAGGAACGCUGAGAUGGCUGGUGAUCCAAAACAGAGACAGGGAGAAGAGGAGGGAGGUUUGGCCCGAAGAGCGGCUGUGAAACUCGAUGCAGCCUGGAAGACAAACCCCAUCUUCGACAACGCAUGGCCAGAGAAGCAAGCCGCGCCAGGGCCCCAAAUCGUUCCUCCCCCUGCCGCUGUUUCCCCUCCCAAAACCAAAACCGCAGCAAACCCCAGCCCGAGCCAGACCCCACCCCCCCAGAUCAGCGCCGCACCUCACGCCAGCCUAUCAGCGCAGGCCAAAAAGCUAGCCGAGCGGAUCCUCAAGGAGAGGGCCGCCGUCAGCAGUAGGUCGACAGCUGUGCACAUGUCAGAAGCUGUACAGGUGGCAGAAGCUGGACAGGUGGCAGAGGAGGUGGACUUCCCGGCGCUGGAGGGAUCCCCCCCGCGGGUCAACUCGGUCGGCUCGAGAGAAGAGGAGCUGGUUGCAGGCCAGAUGGCAUCUGGAAGUGCAGCGGAGGGGGAGAUGCGAGAGCGGGAGGAGGAGAUGCCGGAAGUGAUGGACGGACCCGCAGAGGACGAGAGACCGGUUGAGCAAGCCACCACCAGCCAAGCCGCUGACGCUGCCACUGCCGCUACCCAAGUCCCCAUUGGGAGCCGCGCCGUUGUCCGCUUCGCUGAGCGGAAGCCAGUUGAGAAGUUCCGCCGGCUAAAAACAAUGCUCGUCAAGAGCAGGAAGAGCCUGGCAAGCGCUGGGUUGACGAUCGACCACGGGGUCCGGAGGAGCACUCGCGCGCGGCAGCGUCCGUUGGAGUGGUGGCGGAACGAGUCGUUUGACUGGGAGCGAUCGCACGACAGCCUCCCGACGAUCUCGAAGGUCGUUUUGCUGUCGCCGGACCCCAUCUGGCCUAGGAACGACGGCAGAAAAAGUGUCAAGUUGCAAUCCAUCAGAGCAGCUGCGAAGCGUCCGGCUCUCGCCAUUACCUCGGGUUAGACGCCUUAACACUAACAAGCAGCGCUAGGGCAACCGCUGGUCGUCACUAAGGUUUCGUGCUAAGUGACACAGUAGCUCUAGUGUUUGCCCGUCGCUGGUCUGCAUCUUGUUUUGAGGUGGAUAACAUAGGCAGAUGGAAAGGAUAAAGGCGUUCCUGAUCCGAAAGAAGAACCUAGGACAGACAUGUACGAUACGGCCUGCUGACGGCAAAGCAUGUUUGGCGGCAAUGGCUGAAACUGUUUCGACUUGAAACAUACAACCAAUCUUUGUCCUUGACUCCCGGCAGAUUUGUGCUGAUGGUCGAACGCA